AUGCUGGAGGACUGGCGGACCCUGGCCAGGAAGAAGAGCCGCGGCGGGGACUCGCAGGACGGCGGGGUGAAGGUCCUGCUGCUGGCCGCCUACUCCCUCAUCAUCGUGGUGUCCCUGUUCGGGAACAUCCUGGUGUGCCAUGUGCUGGUGAAAAACCAGCGCACCCAGUCCACCACCAGCUUGUUCAUCAUGAACCUGGCUGUGGCUGACAUCUUCAUCACUGUUCUUAACACACCCUUCACCCUGGUCCGGUUCGUGAACAGCACCUGGGUGUUUGGGAGGGCUAUGUGUCACAUCAGCCGCUUUGUGCAGUACUGCUCCCUGCACGUCUCCACUCUCACACUGACGGCCAUCGCACUGGACCGGCGUCAGGUUAUUUUACAUCCUCUGAGACCUCGCAGGUCCCAAGCUCAAGGUCGUGUUUGGGUGGUUGUGAUCUGGAUAAUGGCCUCCUGCUUCUCCCUCCCUCAUGCAAUCUACCAGAAACUCCUAACCUUUACAUACAGUAAGGAGCAGGAGCGCAGCCUGUGCGUCCCAGACUUCCCAGAGCCGUCAGACAUCUACUGGCAGUACAUCGACCUCCUGACCUUCAUAUUACUUUACGUGCUGCCGCUCCUCAUCAUCACUGCUUCCUACACCACAGUGGCCUGUCGGUUGUGGCGCCACAACACCAUUGGCGAUACCACGACCGCUCAGCACGCCACCCAGAGAAGAAAGCGGAGGCGGACAUUAGCCAUGCUGCUUCUUGUGGUCGGGGUGUUCGCUGUCUGUUGGUUCCCGCUCAAUUGCUACGUGGUGCUGCUUUCCAGCCAGGCCAUCCACUCGUCCAACGCCCUCUACUUCUGCUUUCACUGGCUGGCCAUGAGCUCCACCUGCUACAACCCUUUCAUCUACUGCUGCCUGAAUCCCACCUUCCGCCAUGAGCUGCGGCUGCUGCAUGACAUGUGCAGGAGGAAACAGAGGGCGGUCGGGUUGGAAGUUGAACUUCGGCCCGCAGUCAUCUGCCCUCCCUGUCACAAGGCCGCAUGGCCCGACAACCACGAUCAGGCCCGCAACCUGAAAGAGACACAUGUGCUUUUCACUGCCAGACAGGUGCUCACAGGGAGAGCUGACAUCCUGUCAGUGGAGCCCAUUGUGGCUGUGAGCUGAGUCAAUCAUCAGUAACUGAGAUUGUUAAGUCUGAGGAUUUCAUCUUGUCCAGAAGACCACUGGAAAUCAGGAUUAUGAUUUUUGUGAUGGAUUUAAAUGAGAAGGUGCUGGUGUUUUCUGAAGAGAGACUGUAAUGUCUGAAGAGGGACCUCUGCCUGAACUGAAAGUUGAAAUCAAUAAGUCAAUCGGAGCAUCAACUGUUCAGCGGACAUUAUAGCCUUUUUUUUCUUCACUAAGAUCUUUUCACACCUUUUCUCUUUUUGUGCAUUGUUGGGAGAAAAAUAUGAACUCAGCUCUUAGAAACUGACAAAGAUAUGUAGAUAUUCAAAUUUACAUUUUGCCUUUGACUCCUUUAAGCUGGCUUAACAUUGGAAAUCGACAUCUCUGAUCUUUAAAACAGCUGUGGACUUAACAGUCUCAUCACAGGGUCCAUUUAGUCGUAUCCUUCUGAUCAUUUAAAAAAUGUAACUUCAUUAAGGAGGUGUAAUAUAUUAAGAGACUAUCUUCAUUACACUUUUUAAACAGGGUUAUUAUGUCAUGGGGACAUUGCAAAGAAUGAAAUGAUGCAAACUGAGUUCUUUCUUUCCUUUGCAAUGAGCUUAUGCCAACAGAAUCUGCUGAAAAAAAUCAUGCUUUCAUUCUGAUUUCUUGAGCUGGGUUUUUUUUCUUUCAAAAGCCUCCACAGGCAGGAAUGAUCCUGCUGGGGAAACAACAAAGUCCAAUCAUCCCUCAGAAUCCCUCUCUCUCUCUGAAAGUCUGAAAAAAAUAGGUUUCGCUUUGCUCUGACAGACAGAAACUCAGUGGCAAUGAAAUGCUCUUCACGUUGAUUUACGGGUCAUUUACUACCUGUCCUGCUGCUCGUACCUAUUUGUGCUCCUCUUUGAUUCCCUGUCAUGCAGCCGGAGGGUUUGCACAGUGCGCACAAGACAGCGCUGAGGGACACGUCCACCUACAGUCAGUCUGAGUUUUUGUUGAUAAAAGACCUCUCAGUACCGGCAGCAGCAGGGACACAAACCGCUGUAGUGAUGAUGAUAUGAUGAUCAUAUCAGGGUUUUUAUCAAUAAAUCAUUUCUCAGCUGAUGGUCCGACUUUCAGCUGCACCUGUUCCCUUUAUUCGCACCUUGGGAACAAUUUAAUAAAAAAUGUAUAUAAUAAU